GGCGGACCUGAUCAUUGUCUUGCACACCUCUAAAAAAAACAGUGCCUCUGAUUUAUCAAUAUAAAACAGAUCCUCUGAGAGGAGGAGGAGGGCCUUGGUGUGUGAUGGCAACUUCACUUCUAGGGGAAGAACCCAGGUUGGGCUCGACUCCUCUGGCCAUGCUCGCGGCUACCUGCAAUAAGAUCGGCAGCCCCAGCCCGUCCCCGUCCUCCCUGUCGGACAGCGCGUCCUCCUUCGGCAAAGGCUUCCACCCCUGGAAACGCGCCGCCGCCGCCGCCUCCUCGGCCGCCAGCUGCAACGUGGUGGGCUCCGGCCUGUCGGGCUUCGGCGUGGCGGGCGCGUCGCGCGGCGCCGGCGGCUCGUCCUCGUCCGCAGCGGCGGCUGCUGCAGCGGCGGCGGCGGCGGCGGCCGCGCUGGUGUCGGACUCGUUCGGCUGCGGCGCCUCGCCGGGCUCCAGCGCCUUCUCGCUCACUUCCAGCAGCGCGGCCGCCGCCGCCGCCGCUGCCGCCGCCGCCGCCGCCUCGUCCGGCUCGCCCUUCGCCAACGACUACUCGGUGUUCCCCGCGCCCUCGGGGAGCGUCGGGGGCGGCGGCGGGGGCGGCGGGGGCGGCGGGGGCGGCGGCUCCGGCUCGUCCUCCGCGCACUCUCCAGACGGCGCGCACCAGCCCGUCUUCAUCUCCAAGGUGCACGCGUCGGUGGACGGGCUGCAGGGCAUCUACCCGCGCGUGGGCAUGGCGCACCCUUACGAGUCGUGGUUCAAGCCCUCGCACCCCGGCCUGGGCGCCGCGGGAGACGUGGGCGCCCCGGGCGCGCCGUCCAGCUGGUGGGACGUGGGCGCCGGCUGGAUCGACGUGCAGAACCCGAACGGCGCGGCGGCGGCGCUGCCCGGCUCGCUGCACCCGGCCGCGGGGGGUCUCCAAACUUCGCUGCACUCGCCCCUGGGCGGCUACAACUCGGAUUAUUCGGGCUUGAGCCACUCGGCCUUCAGCAGCGGCGCCUCCUCGCAUCUGCUCAGCCCGGCGGGGCAGCAUCUCAUGGAGGGCUUCAAGCCCGUGCUGCCCGGCUCCUACCCGGACUCGGCGCCGUCGCCCCUCGCCGGCGCGGGCAGCUCCAUGCUGGGCGCAGGGCCCGCGACGCCCGCGCUCGGAGGCUCCCCGCGCUCCUCGUCGGCCCGGCGCUAUUCCGGGAGGGCCACUUGCGACUGUCCCAACUGCCAGGAGGCUGAGCGUUUGGGGCCCGCCGGGGCCAGCCUGCGGCGCAAGGGCCUGCACAGCUGCCACAUUCCCGGCUGCGGCAAGGUGUACGGCAAGACGUCGCACCUGAAGGCGCACCUGCGCUGGCACACGGGCGAGCGGCCCUUCGUGUGCAACUGGCUCUUCUGCGGCAAGCGCUUCACGCGCUCCGACGAGCUGCAACGGCACCUGCGGACCCACACGGGCGAGAAGCGCUUCGCCUGCCCCGUCUGCAACAAGCGCUUCAUGCGCAGCGACCACCUGAGCAAACACGUCAAGACGCACAGCGGCGGCGGCGGCGGCGGCUCCGGCUCCGCUGGGUCGGGCAGCGGCGGCAAGAAGGGCAGCGACACCGACAGCGAGCACAGCGCCGCGGGCAGCCCGUCCUGCCACUCCCCGGAGCUGCUGCCGCCCCCCGAGGCCGGGCACCGGAACGGCCUGGAGUGA